CGGCUCGCGCCGGCCGCAUCAAAACGAUAUUUUAUUUUUACAUUACGUAUUUGGUUUCGCGUAGACUUGGACGGCGGUAGUUGAGCGGCGCGUUUUGUGCAACAAAAUUGUGUUUUUGGACCCUAAAAUGGAACAAAAUGAACAUUUGGAUAAUAAAGUAAUAAUUGAUGACCCGGCAAAAUUGUUUACCGCAACUUAACGCAGUUCAAAUUAGAAUUUAUUUUCGUUUCUUACAUUUGUUUCACAUUUGUUUAUUAGCAACGACAUAUUGGGUUCGAUUGAUUUGUUAUUUUUACGUUUCCAAUGAAACUGUAACUUGAAGAAACUGUACUCCCGGACGGAAAGAGAAAUAAGAAGAUGGCGCUCGCUUCUUCCGUGAGCUUAUACUACUCUAUCGUGCAACGGGCCGCAAGACAUUACUUGGAAGAUUAUUGUCAUACAGAUACCACUGCGCCCUAUGUGCUCUACAAAGAUGGCGUGGAGCGAGCUCCACCAGGAACACAAUGGGGUGGCACUGUGCUCGACGGAGGUUACCAAAUGCAGCAUCAGAGUCCUGGCGGGCCAUCACCUCAGCCUGAGCCACAGCUGGCUUCUCCAGCACCAUCACCCUAUCCGCCCGCGCCUCCACCUCAAGACCCGUCUGAUGAGGCGGCACAGCAACUGGCACAACAGCAAGCUCAACAACAGGCCCAGCAACAAGCCCAACAGCAAUCUUCCACGGAACAAAUGCAAGUUGAACAACAGCUCAGCCAAGCCCAACAAUCGCAAACACAAGACCAUCUCGAUCGUACGCCAUGCUUCGUCCCACAAGCGGACUUGCAACAACAAUACACACCAUACUUCAAAGAGGCCAGGCCAACUAGCCACAUGCUCGGCACUGGGGGCUUUCCUCUACACUACUUGAAACAAAACGGUGGAGUCCUAUCACUAGAAGGACCUCUAGACCAAUAUUCUACACCUGAUUUGCGUCAUCUACCAGAUAUCGUUCAGCCUGAACAACCAAAACCUAGAAAGCAUAACCCGAACUCUGAACUACGCCUGUUCAAGUGCCUAACUUGUGGCAAAGAUUUCAAACAGAAGUCGACACUACUCCAACAUGAGCGGAUUCACACGGACUCGAGGCCGUACGGGUGCCCGGAGUGCGGCAAGAGGUUCCGGCAGCAGUCCCACCUCACUCAGCAUCUGCGCAUCCACGCCAACGAGAAACCUUACGCUUGCGUGUAUUGCCCGAGAUCGUUCCGGCAGCGCGCCAUCCUCAAUCAACACCUGCGCAUCCAUUCCGGUGAGAAGCCCUAUACGUGCGGCGAAUGCGGCAAACAUUUCCGCCAGAAGGCCAUCCUCAACCAGCACGUCCGCACACACCAAGACGUAUCGCCGCAUCUGAUCUUCAAGAAUGGGACCACGCCGACGCUGUGGCCUCAAGAUGUGCCUUUCCCGCCCGAUGAAAACAAAGAGGAAAUUCAAUCAGCGUUCGGCGACGCUGACGGACAGAACGGCGAGCAACGCGGCUCUUGCUUUUCGCCCGGUGACACGGCGCAGUAUCCUGCAUAUUUCAAGGAUACAAAGGGACUCAACCACACAGUAUUCGGCUCAGGACUAUCGCUGCAAUACUUAAAGGGCGGCAAGCUCCCUGAUGUUCUCGGUGGACGCGCAAUGCCACUGUACGUACGCUGUCCCAUAUGCCAGAAGGAGUUCAAACAAAAAUCAACAUUGCUCCAGCAUGGAUGCAUACAUAUAGAGUCUCGGCCCUAUCCGUGCCCAGAGUGCGGCAAGAGGUUCCGUCAACAAUCACAUUUAACUCAGCAUUUGCGUAUCCACACGAAUGAAAAGCCAUACGGGUGCGUGUAUUGCCCUCGGUUUUUCCGCCAACGAACCAUUCUGAACCAACAUCUUCGCAUACAUACUGGAGAGAAACCAUACAAGUGUACGCAAUGCGGGAAAGAUUUUAGGCAAAAGGCGAUCCUUGAUCAACACACAAGGACGCAUCAAGGGGACCGGCCAUUCUGCUGUCCAAUGCCUAACUGCAGGCGGCGUUUUGCCACUGAGCCGGAGGUAAAGAAACAUAUAGAUAACCACAUGAACCCGCAUGCGGCUAAAGCACGACGCGCAGAUGCUAAAACUCCACGUCCGCUCCCGCCGGCUUCAGCUGUUGUGAAGCCCGAGCUGUACUUCCCGCAGUGUUAUGCUCCGCCGUUCCAGCAGUUCUCCAGCGGUGCCGAGUUCAAGCCGGCCGUUGGUCCCGGCGCGACCGUGGCAUGUCUGCCCACACAGUGACCCGCGCCCCCGCGGUGGCCGCCAGGGCCUCCCGCGCCUCACCAUGCCCCGUCGCAUGCGCCCACGCACCACGACCUCUACGUCGACCGCCUCUACUGAGCCCUACAGCCGACGUUGCUUGCCAUCAUGACGUAAGGAGUUGCGGUACGCACCAGUAUACGACUCGCCUAUGCGAGCUUAUUUUAACGAGAUAUCGGAUCGCUGUAAACAUGCUUCGAUCAUUAAAUAACAAAUAUUCGAAAUCUGUCGCGAAUGUACAGUGUUCGAGAGUUCACAUGAAUAGUGUUACCGUUCAAAAUGCGAGUAUAGAUAGCGUUUUUGCCCCGUAAUAUUAAGUUACCACGUAAGAGUUAGGCUUCUCUGUGAUUCUUCAGUCGAAACUUGCGUCUUGAUCCGAGCGGAUUGAACCAGAGAUUAGAAUUUAAAAACUCUUCGUUGAAAUAUAAAAAGUAAGAAAUUCUCUUUUACCACGUAACGGUAUUUCGCGAUGAAUGCUUUCGGGACAAGAUGGAGCCCAAUAAAUAAUAAUAAACGUAGAUGUUAUGUUAAAUUUAUUUACGAGUGUUAAGAUUAUAGUAUCUGGCAAACGCAGGGUAAGGAGAAUGAUAAAAAAAUGCUCAAAUCUUUAAAAGUUACUUAAAAUUUUCGCGUAAAAAUUGCGCUCUAAACUUAAUCGGUGUAAAACAAAGAACAGUAGAACGAGAAAGCAAACCAAAAACGUAGGUUACCUAUCGCCAUCAAACGUUUAUUUUAGUACUUACGAAGUUAAUAAUGCAUUUAAUCUAGACGGGAUACUUUUAUCUCCAUAACUUGUAGGUGCCAAAUAAUUUAGUACCAGUCAAUGUCCAUUGUUCAGUAACAUUAACAGGGAUAGAACAUCGUAGUACCAGGAAAGGCAAUGAACACUAAUUUGUGCAAAUUAGCGUUAAAUGCCUUUCCUAUGCUUUUCCUGGGUAUUGACUAUACCAGCUUAUUUCAUAGGCCUAGUUAAAUUGUUACCAGUUUUUUCAACGAGACGAUUUGGAUGCAUUUACGUGGAAAAGAGCCAGACUGAGAAGGACUGUGAUAGCUAGGUAAGUUAGGCGUCUAUUUCGCUCAUUUAGCGUUUAAAAUUCGUGUAAACUACGAAAAAAAAUGAGAACAAUGUCGUAUGAUUGAUAAAAAAUACUCGUGAUUAUUAUUAUUUUGAAUCAAAAUUGUGGGGCCUUUGACCGCGCCUUUUCUCGACUGAUUUAAAUUUGUCACGAGUGAGAUUAGCGAAUUUUUGCCAAUUAGAUAACGUGUGAUGUCGCAAAGUGCUUUUCGAUGUAGGAAUGGAGAGAGGGUUAUGCCAGAGAUAUGUUUUACUUAAUUUUAGCUUAGACUAUCGUUCGAAUUACCAAGCAAUUCGAUCAUUCAUCGCGAAAUAAUUUAGCAAAUAGGAAAAAUAAAUAUAUGUAUGAAUGUUGAAGUAUUUUGGCGCCGACUGAGCCUCGUUUAUGUCGCGUCCUCAAUAGAUACAGGUAUCCAGAAUUACAUUACAGAAUAUGAAUAGGUUUUGAACAGAGGUAUGAUAUAUUAAAUAUAUCGACUUUGUUGUUGCUUUUCUCUUUGAAUGCUCGUUUUCGGUGAGCUUAGGCCAAACGAAAGACUACAGUGAGAGAAUUCAUUUAUAUCAGAAUAGAUCUGUUUUGUUGCAAGUAUUUCAUUUAAUGUAAGCUGACCUUUAGUCUUGACGACUAUAAACUUCGCGGUGCCAGAAUACGGAAACACAUUUUAACCGUUUUAUCAUCUCUGUUUGUAUGUAUAGACGACAUAUAUAGCUUAUUUUAUGAUAUUAUUGUGAUGGUUUCGUUUUCCUACAGCAUAAGGGAUGUUACGUAUUAACUAGUAGAUAAUAGUAUGUAUUUGUGGAGGUACUUGUCACAUUAACCGGAUACCAUAGUUUUAAUUUGUCGCUAACCAAGCGACCGGACGUUUUAUUUGUAUGUUUGUUGUUGGUUUUACUAAAGAAAUUAGUCAUUGGACAGUUAUGAAAAUUCAAUACUUCGCAAUUCUGAGGAUCGAUAAUGUGAAUGAUGUGUUACCACAAAUCCUUAAUCAAAUCCAAUUAAAUACAGCAAUCGAUAUCAGAAUUGGUGAGUCGACCGUCGCGUUUAAGUUUCUGAUUGCUUUUCCUAUCAAACUUUCGGAGGUUUACAAACAAAAACACCAUUAUCGAAGAUUUUUGAGAUUAUCUUCAGUGACUAUAUUUAUCCUCAAGUGAUCCUCCUGAGAGGUGAGGCGCUGCACGCCCGGCCACACAACCAAUAGUUUACAAGCCAGUUCAGAAAGCUCAAAUUUUAUUAUCUGACAUCCAAACACAGACUAUAAAACUCGUUGAAACUAUGCCGUCACAGUCAUCUAAUAAAAUUUGACCCACAAUAUUUACCCACCACAAUACAGCAGCCUUAUACAAUAAUAGUUAUAAGUAUUUUUAUACAGUUUACAAUAUAUACGUUUAUAACGGCCGGGCGCGCAACGUCGCACUGUACAAGUUUGAAUACAAACACAAAAUACAGUGCCAUAGCCGAGAACUAACCUCAGAUGUAUAAUUAGAUUUUUAUACCGAUACAAAUGGAUUUAAUUUUUAAAUAUAAACAAAGGUGAUUAAGUAUACAGAGAUUAAAGAUGAUAUUUUAUACAUUUAUUACAUACAAUAUUAUUAAAGGUAAAUGUGAAAUAGACUUAACGUUUUAGUGUACCACGUGCUAAGUACCUAAGUAUCAGGAAAUCAGGUUUUUGUAAAUUACGCGAGGAGCGAGUGCUGGACGUCAAAUUUCGUAUGUCCGACGAAUGUUAAAAAUCCGUUUAAACCUUAUCAGCGUAAAUACAUAUCACAAGCAGAGUAUAUGUUAAUAUUGAUUUUUCGACAAGUUCCAAAAAUUGCUCAGAUCUUUUCGUUAAUUUUUGCUCAAUUAUUCGUGUAUUAUGUUACUUGUGUUAGUUUUAUGAAUCCUUGUAUAAUUGUAUAAUGUUCUAGAGAGCACGGUUCCGCUUUUCUUUUAAUUAAGUGUGUGUUGUCAGUGUGAGAAUUCAGUUACUUGUCGUUAAUGCUUUGUGUUUAAUCUGUGCCGUCCAAUAAUUUUGUCACAGAUUGUAUUUGAAUUUAAAUGUUGCAAUGUUUAUAUGACUUAACUCCACUGACUGUUAUUUAGAUUCUUUGCUAUGUUCCUAGCCUACGUAAUUUUUUUUAACCAAUUUUAAUUUUACCAAUUCCUUUAAAGACACUUUAAAAAUCCGCUAGAACAUCUUACCUAACAUCGAUUUAUUUAAGGAAUGAAAUUCCUUUCACAGCUAUAUUUUAUGUACUAAUUUUCGCAUUUAUUUGAAUGUGAAUUUACUAACACAAUAAUUUAAGUAAUUUCUUCUAAGCGAGUGCUAUCCAUUAUAUCACGUAAUACUUAUUUUAAGUUAAUAACAAAAGGAGAGAAUAAGAUUGCAUUGGAAAUGUAUACUUUGCAUAAUAUUAUAUUAUCAUGAGCGUCAAUUGUAUUAAAUACAAUAUGUAAGCUAAGCUUGGUAAAAAGUAGGUUAUACUGAUUUGCAAUAUAAAUGCUAUUUUACGUUCGUGGAAAAUUGUAGCGUUUAAUAUUAUCAUGAUCUGUGUGGUGCUGUAAACUCCCACAGAUAAUGAAUCGAAAUUCAAAAACGGCAAUUCGAACAUGUCAUUAAUUAGAGCGCUGAGGCCUUACAAUGAAAUUAUUUCAAGUUCAUUAUUAUUAAAACGAUUUGACAAAAAACAAAAGUUGUAGUGUAAUAAUAGUAUGCGACUGUUUUUCUAAUCAUACGUUGAAUAUGAACAUUAAUUUUACUUAUUCAAACAUUGUAAGCUAUUGUAAGGUCUCAAUUGCUAAAUGCUUUCAUGAGAAAGUUUAAAAUAGGUAUAUUUCUGAGUAAUUAAUUCAUACUGUUUAGACAUAGGACAUUUAUUAAAAGUACAAUUGAUUACAAAAAGACAGUAGGUCAUAGCAACUUUUCUAUUGCAUUUAUUUCUGAUCUCAUACGAGACAUUUUUACCCGCUUAGAUUUACUUUGACAAUUACGUCUCAAUUAUUUAAGGUAUUUAAAGUUGUUUGCUGAAAUUCUAUUCAUAAUUCCCGCUUCAAUAUAGCUUUUAAAUCUUCAGAUCUAAUUAGUACGCGAUAUCUCUAUACAAAUUAAAAGAAUUUAUUGAUUUAUAUUUUUUUAAAUCUUAUUAACAAAACACCGUACAUUAUCUACACUUUUUAUUCAAUGUCUGAUCGUUUCUCUUGAUGUAAUCUUUAGGAAAUUAUUUUACACCGUCUUUGCGGUUCUAAAUAUUUUUUAUCUGUAAAAUAUCUUCAAAUACAUAGCCAGCACAAUUUUAUAAAUAAUAUUAAGAGAGUGAAUUUGUCAUUAUUGUAUUCCAAAUCUAUAAUAAAUUAGAUUCCGCAUUGUUUUAGACAGCCAAUUAGAUGUUUAGGUCGUCGUGUUAUUUUAAUUUUAUUAUACAGUUGGCUACAAAUUAUUAUUUUUACGUCUUCCAUUUACGCUGUAGUUUAUAUAUAUAAUCUAUUUACAUCUAUUACAUAUUUAAUCUGUAUCCUUUACAUUUUAAUGUAUUAUUUUGUCAUUGUAUAGUCAGCAGAAAAUUAUUUCUACUUAUGAGCAAUAAUUGCGGAUUUAGUGCAAUACACGUUUAGUUUGGCGUUAUAUUAUGUUGUAUUAUACUUUAAUGUGCUUACAUUAUAUUUCACUGUAAGGUUAAUAUUACAAAUAGUAUAGAUAAGCGAAUAAUUGGUAGCCAACAUAGGUGGCCUAUAUUUUUUUUAAGUGUUACAUUCAUCGUAAGUACACUGCCACACUCGCCAACCGCUGUCACAAAUUAUUAAAAAGAAUAAUAAGUAUUAAUUUUUAUCACAAUAGAGACUUGUUGAAACAGUUCCACAAUAAAGUAAGAGUUGUUGAAUUUUUUAUAAAAGAUAAAACAUAUUAGAUAUUAUGAUCUUGUAGUCUGGAUUGAGGUUUUUUUACAGAUUUUAUUAGACAGGUGUGUCGGGCUACGCCGCCUAUUCAGCUUAUUUUUGCUACAAUACUUAUUUAAAUACAAUAUGACAUAUACCGAAUAGUACAAUAGAUAUACAGAUUUUACACAAUAUACAAUAGAUUUUUUAUACAACAUCGCAGUGAUAUACAUGUUACAAAGUUUUUUUAAAAGCCUUGUGGGCGACGUAGCCCUCCUUAGAUAAUAUUGGUUUUCUGUGAAAUGGGUGCUCUGAUAUUAUUAAUUGUACAUAUUUAUUAUAAUAUACAACAAUAGACUGGUAAUUUUACAACGUUGUUAGGUUUCUACAGAAUUAUUCCGGGGCUGUGGAGCAUUGAUUUAAACUUUUGCGAAUUUCGCAUUCGUUUGAGACGAUUCACUUCACUGUCUUCCAGUGUUCACUCAUAUUUUCGACACGUGUCAAAAGUAUUAUUUUAGCCAAUAAUGCGAUAUUAUUUUGCCGGAUAAGAAAACCCCAUUUGUAGUUACUUUAUAUACUUAGAUUGAAUAUAUAUUAACUGUUCCGCAUUCGAUAAUGUGACGUCAAUUUGUAUCUAUUUGUAAGAUCAACAAGCAUUUUUCUGUAGUCUUUGUCACAUUUUGGAAUACGGUCUAGUCUAGAAUAUUGUAGUUGUUAUAUUGCAAGGCCUAGAAAUCAUUUCUUUGCAGCCCCGUUCAUCAAUGUUACAAUAGAGUAUAUUUUCUUACAUACAAAUACACCGAAAUAGACUAUAUGAGAUUGAUUUAGUACAAUCCCAGAAUACAAGAUCGAACUUUUUACACAGAACGUAAUGCAGGUUUCAGUUUUGUUCACCAUAGACUUUUUAUAAUUUGUUUUCGAAACAGUUGGUUGCGAAACGGUCACAAAGAUCCUGGCGAAAAAAAUUCACGUUGGCAAUUAAUAUAAAAAUUAAUGUAAAUAUAUUUUCUAGUUCUUCCAAAACGAUAUCAGUAUUAAAUACAAAAUUCGAUUCGGUUAGGUCAAAAGUAAGUGUGAUCUUAUAGAAAAUUUUUGUAUUAGAUUCUUCACGAUGUAACUUUUUUCGAAUAGUUAUUUUUUAAUAAUUUUAUUUAGUUGAUUGUAUAAUAUUCUUGCCUGUAAUUGCAUUUAUAUUAGUUACAUAUGCGUUUGAAGUUGAUACCAUCGUAUUUAUGUAUAUUAUUAUUCAAUUAAGGGUUUUGUUUGUUUUUGUCAUUUAUUAGAAGUAAAAUGUUGUAAAAAGUAAGCUCGUUGUAUUUUAUCAAAUAAACACUUUUUAGUCCAACUGAAGCAAUACAA